UCUCCCGCCAUCACCACAAGCUUUUCUUCUCACUUUCCGAGUUCUGACUUUUUUAAAAUCUCCGAAAGCAAAAAUUAAUUAAUUUGAAAAAAGAAAAAAAAAGAAAACAAAGAUGGAUCUACCGGUGAUAGAUCUAGCUCCGUAUUUGUCAGCCGGCGGCAAACCGAGCGGAGACGAUGACGUGGCGAAAGUGUCAAGUGAACUCGGUCAGUUGUGCCGGGAAGUUAGUCGGAUUCUGAGAGAAACGGGGGCUCUGUUGGUGAAGGAUCCGAGAUGUACGGUGGAGGACAACGAUCGGUUCAUCGAUAUGAUGGAGAAGUACUUCGAGAGUCCUAAGGAGUUCAAGCUGUUGCAGGAGAGGCCCAAUUUGCAUUACCAGGUUGGGGUGACUCCAGAAGGAGUAGAAGUUCCAAGAAGCCUGGUUGAUGAGGAAAUGCAAGAGAAACUAAAAGUAAUGCCCAAAGAGUCUCAGCCAUCCUUGCCAAGGGGACCAGAUCCAAAGUGGCGAUACAUGUGGAGAGUUGGUCCUCGGCCGUCAAACACCCGCUUUCAGGAACUUAAUUCAGAGCCUGUCAUACCUGAAGGCUUUCCUGAGUGGAAAGAUACCAUGGACUCCUGGGGAUACAAAAUGAUAUCUGCCAUAGAGGUUGUUGCUGAAAUGGCAGCUAUUGGUUUUGGCUUGCCAAAGGAUGCAUUCACUUCUCUUAUGAAGCAGGGACCACAUCUACUUGCUCCAACUGGGAGUGACCUCAGUCGUUAUGGUCAGGAGGGCACUGUGUUUGCAGGAUAUCAUUAUGACCUUAACUUUCUAACAAUUCAUGGCAGAAGUAGAUUCCCUGGUCUAAACAUUUGGCUAAGGAAUGGGCAAAAAGUUGAAGUGAAGGUUCCUGUAGGAUGCCUUUUGAUUCAGACAGGAAAGCAGAUAGAAUGGUUGACUGCUGGAGACUGCAUUGCCGGCAUGCAUGAAGUUAUUGUCAUGAGCAGGACAAUCAAUGCAAUCAAACUAGCAUCAGAGCAAAACCGCAGCCUAUGGAGAGUAUCCUCAACGCUGUUUGCCCACAUCGCAUCAGAUGCUGUGUUGAAGCCUUUAGGCCACUUUGCGGAAUCCCCUCUUGCCAGCAAGUAUCCUCCUAUUUGUGCAGGAGAGUUUGUUGAACAAGAGCUCGCCGUAAUCAAUUUAAAAGGAAGUAAAGGGAGUCUUGAUAACUUAUAAUAUGUACAAAUUUGCUUUGCUGUUUAUCAAAGACAUUAACAGCACCCCAAGUUUGUCGGGUUGAAAUGACUUACACAAUAAAGAAGAAAAUGAUACUGAUAUUUCAUUUAUUAUAUUACUGCAUAUUCUUGCAGAUUAAUUAAGAACUGCAUAAAUGUGCUGAAUUAUAUGAAUCUUUGAUAGAAAGUGAACA